AUGGCUGACCCCUUCGCCCUGUACCAAGAACACAAGCUGGCCGUGCUGGCCGUGGUUCUGGCCAUCGCAUCCCUCACGCUAUGGUUUCGCCGCGACCGACGGCUGGAUAAGAUGCCAGGGCCCCGAGGGUGGCCUCUGAUCGGUAUCGGCAUCAGCCUGCCUCACAAGGCGCACUUUCGUUUCCGCGAGUGGGCGGCGCAGUAUGGAGAGGUUUUCCGGUUGCGGGUUGGAUGGUUCAACUGGGUGGUCAUCAACAGCCCGCAGGCGAUGCAAGAAAUCUUGAACAAGCAGUCCCAGUACACCUCCUCGAAGAUGCCGGCGCCGCUGGGUAAUGACGUGGUCAUGGGCGGCAUGCGCAUGUUCACCCUGGCCUACGGCCAGAAGUGGCGUGCGUACCGCAACAUCACCCACCAGCUCCUCUCCAGCACCAUGACCAACACCUUCGUCCCGUCCCAGGAGUACGAGGUCAAGCAGCUCCUCUACGACCUCUCCACCAGCAACCGGGACCAGCAGGAGUUCCAGAUGCACGUGCGCCGCUUCGCCUUCAGCAUCAUGAUGACCAGCACCUACGGCCUGCGCGUGACCAACUGGGACGACGAGGACGUGCAGCACGCCCUGGCUAGCGCCCGCAUCCUCGGGUCGAUCACGCGCGCGGGCGCCUUCCUCGUCGACGAGCUGCCGUUCCUGGCGCGGCUGCCGGCCUGGCUGCAGCCCGGGCGGCGCCAGGCCGAGGCCUACGCCAAGCCGAUGCUCGAGGCCAAGAUGCUGCUGUGGCGGCGGCUGCAGAAGCAGGUGGCGGAGGGCAACGCGCCGGUCUGCUACGCGCGCGAGCUGAUGGAGAACAGCGACUCGUGGCGCAAGCAGGGCCUGCGCGACGAGGACGCCGCCUGGGUCGCCGGCGGCAACCUCGAAGCCGGGUCGACGACGACGUCGGUGACGCUGCUCAGCCUGCUCCUGCACCUGGCGGCCGAGCCGCGCGCGCAGCAGGCCGCCCACGACGAGCUCAUGCGCGUCGUCGGCCCCGACCGCCCCCCCGUCUUCGACGACAUGCCCAGCCUGCCCUACAUCCGCGCCUGCAUCAAGGAGGUCCUGCGCAUGCACCCCACGCCCUUCUGGGGCAUCAAGCACUACACCGACGCCGACGUCGUGUAUAAGGACUACGUCAUCCCCAAGGGCACCAUCCUCCUCGGCAAUACCAGCUUCAUCCACUACGACCCCGACCGCUACGACGAGCCCUUCGUGUUCCGCCCCGAGCGCUACCUCGGCUUCCCCAAGUACAGCUCCGAGUACGCGAACCAGGGCGACCCGUACCAGCGCGAUCACUUCACCUUCGGCAUGGGCCGCCGCAUCUGCCCCGGCGCGCGCCUCGCCGAGAACUCGCUCGACCUCGCGCUGGCCAACAUCGUAUGGGCCUUCGAGGUCCGGCCGCCGCUGGUGGACGGGGUCGAGGCGAAGAGCAUGGACGUGAGCGACGACGCUUGGGAGGACACGAGCUUCCGCGGCCCGAAGCCGUUUGGUGUCCGCUUCGUGCCGCGGGGCCAGAGCAGGUUGGAGCUGGUCCAGUCGCAGUGGAAGGAGGCCGAGAGAGAGGGAUACGUGCUGAGAGGCCAGCGUGUCAAUGUGAACGGCUAUGUUGAGAGAAAUUGAGUGGAUUCGUUAUUGCGAGUUAUUAGCAGGUGUCCCUAUCCGAUGGAUAGUAGUUUGAACUAGUCGCCUCGAUACACACUGUCUGCUCUCUAGGUAGGUAUACGUUCGAAUAUAAGGAACGAAAGCUAGAAACCAGCCCCUUUACUGUAUUUCCAUCCCCUUUCCCUCUCUAGUCUAAGU